AUGCUCGUUCUGGAGGAACAACGGUACAUACAAGAGGAUCUCGAGCGCCUCGAGCAAGCUAUCGCCGAUCGCGUACGCGCUGAACCCAAGAAUAUUCGCGAUCGAUUGAACAGAGACCAUGAGGUUGCGCAACUCCUCGACCAGAUCCAGUCGCAAUCAAAAGCUUUGCUCGCCAUUUACAAAGACGAGAAUGGCAGCCGUAGGCAAGAAAUCCAACAACUCGGCACGGGCGAUCCCUUUGCCGAAUUCUAUAAGCAAGUCGGCGACAUACGAGCGCACCAUGCCCGAUACCCAAACGAGCAGGCCGAAAACUCGGAGCAGCGAUACCGCCCUCGGCGGCCCGAUGAAAUUGCCAUGCCCUCCGUCGUCGAAACACUCUUUAGUGGCGAGGAAGCCUACGGACGAUUUUUUAACCUCAAUACCUCGCACGAAGCGUAUCUAAACCUACCCAACGUCAAGCGACCCAACUAUCUGCAGUAUCUUGAAAUUUUCGACCACUUUACGCCCGGCCAAGGCGGAUUGAAGAGAGCCGACAAAAUGACGGACCAAUACUUUAGCUACGUCGGUGGUCUGGCGUCGUACUUGGAAAGCUUUAUGCGCCGUACGAGACCUCUGGAAGAUGUGGACAAGACCUUGUCCUCGUUUGACGACGAAUUCGACGCCAAGUGGCAAAAGGACGACGUGGAGGGGUGGCAAAGCAGUACUCCGGCGAACGGCAGCGCCACCAAUCUCAGCACUCCCGAGGCAGUAUGGUGCGAAGACUGUGAAAAGGAGUUCAAAAACGAAAGUGUACACAAGAACCAUUUGACGGGCCGAAAGCACAUCAAGGCCGCCGAGCAAAGAAAGGCCGGGAAAUCUACCGUCUCGGCCACGCGACUCAAGGAGCGUGCCAUCGCGCAGCGCGAAGACCGCGUGAAGCGUCUAGCCAGCGCCAUGAGCACGGAGCGCAGCGACACGCGGGUCAACGUGGAGCGCAAGCAGGGCAUGACGGAGCGCGAGCGCCGGCAAGAACUGGACAACCUGUUCAACCCUGCCGAAGAGCAGCGCCAGACGACCGGCGAAGGCGACGACGACGAUAACGACGACGACGACAAGAUUUACAACCCGCUGAAGCUGCCGCCCGGCUGGGACGGCAAGCCGAUUCCGUACUGGUUGUACCGCCUGCACGGGCUCGGCGUUGAGAUGGAGUGUGAAAUUUGCGGCAACUACGUGUACAUGGGACGACGGUCAUUCGACAAGCACUUCAACGAGGCGCGCCACAUUUACGGCCUCAAGUGCCUCGGCAUUAACAACACAUCCUUGUUCAGAGACGUUACGGGCAUUGAGGAGGCACUGAAUCUGUGGGAGAAGAUCCAGAAGUCGGAGAAGAAGGCCAAGGUUGACGAAGGAAGCCUAGUGCAGAUGGAGGAUGGUGAGGGAAAUGUCAUGCCAGAGAAGGUGUACUAUGAUUUGCAGAAGCAGGGUUUGCUGUGA